AUGCAUCUAGAAGGGCUUUAUCUUUAUAAUAAAACAUAUGAUCAACCUUUACGUGAAGUUUAUCAGCCAGGUCCUGGGGUGGUGGAUACUGAUUUUAUUUUAUAUAUUACAUCACAAACUACUGCCACCUGUCAACAUCAGGAUAAUGAAGUGUAUGGUUACGCAAGUAGUUGUCAAGAAGAUCAAAAUGGCCGUCCGAUAGCAGGCGUGGUGAAUUUUUGUCCCGAAAUGUUUUUUAAACAUCAACAUUUUACUGAUCAGCAUUUAUAUACAGUAAAUAAUUUAUUGAAUAUAUUUAUAUAUUUUCAGAAUGAUGUUGUUACAUCCCACUGGGAUUCAGCCAUGAUGCAAGGAUCAUUAAUGACAUCAGACAACACCAUGCCUGGGUUAACUGUUCUAGACCCUAUCACCCUGGCAGUGUUUGAAGAUUCAGGCUGGUACAAGGUAGAUUACAGUCAAGCAGACAGAUAUUACUGGGGAAAAGAUGGUGGUUGUAAGUUUGGGUUAAAACAAUACUGUGAUAUUCAGACUCCUUAUUUCUGUUAUGGAAAAGGGCGAGGCUGUCAUUAUUUAGGAAAAGAUAAAGGUGUAUGUAAAACAGAUUCAAAUAUAAAACCAUGUAAAAAAUUCACUCCAACAACUGCACAGGUAAUAUUUAUUCUGAUUUUAUAA